CUGGGAUUUAGUCAUGCCAGAGACUAAACAGAAAGAUGCUUACUGGGUAAGGUGGGAUCCAACAGGGUGUAGUACAGAAUGCAGUAAUUCAUUAGCUAUUUUUUUCUGAAGGAGCAUAACACUUUAUGAAGGAAAGGUAAAGGCUUAACGCUCUGAUGCAUUCAUGAGUCUAAUUAAUUAAUUACUUGAAAAUCAAUGAAUUUGAAAUUCAACAGUCUUAGAAAUGGAUGAAAGUGAUGAACCUGAUCAGCCUAUCUCAGCACGGAGGCAAGAAUUUCGAAAGAGAAGAAAACCCAGUCAACCAAUGGUAGACAAAUCCCAGCAGACUGAAGUGACAGAGAAAAAGAGACACUUGCCUGCAUCACAAUUACCUAUCCCCAAAGCUACCCAUAGUAUUGAUAAUAUUUCUGGAAGCAAAGCAAAAUAUGAUUCUCUUAGAUUAUCUUCUCAGAUUCAGAAAAGUUGGACAAAGAGAAAGUAUGGACAGGAAAUGACUGAUGUUUCUCUGCAGACAGACAGCAUUAAAGAAGAGAAAAAAGAAGAAAGCAAAUUGUUUGGUGAAACAGUUUUAUCUGAAGAAAAAUGGGCUGCUGUUGGAGAAGCAGCCCCUGAAAUUCCAAGAAGUGUUCAGGAAGUAGAAAAUCCCCCACUCACUCACUCAAUUCAACUCAAAAUAGACAGAUCUCAGCAGACCAGUUGUACUGGAGACUGGACAAUGGUGAUUAUCCCGUGCAUUGAAAAACAUGACAAGGAACAGCAGACAUACUUUAGUGAAUCAGAAAUAGUGGUGAUUGGAAGGCCAGGUAGUUCUUUCUUAAAGUCAAGGGAAAGUAUGCAGAUACACAAAUCCUCAGGGGAGAUUUUUAUUAGUGAAAAGUCUGAAUCUCAAUCAGCAACAAGUAGUAAGGAAAAAAUUAGACGGAGAAGUAUUAUGGGAUCAUUUAGUCAAGAAACCAAAAAAUAUACUCAGAUACAAUCAGAACUCGAACAAGACAUUGCAGAUGGAGUAUACGGUCCUAUUCCAGAGGAGACCUCUGAUGAUGUACAGUCUCUACCAGCUGAAGAAACUACUGAAGAAGAGAUACUUGCUGAGCUUCAGCCUCCAUCAACUGAGGAGACUUCUGCAACUGAGGAGACUCCUGCAAAUAUUGCCCCUGUUGAAGAGUUUGUUACUCCUGCAAAAAUUGCCCCUGUUGAAGAGUUUGUUACAGAAGAGUCUCCUGUUGAAGUACAGUUUUCCCCAGCUGAGGAGUCCCCUGAAGAAGAGACCCCAGCUGAAGUCGAGUCUCCCUCAACUGAGUCCCUUGAAGAAGAGACCCCAGCUGAAGUUGAGUCUCUCUCAGCUGAGGAGUCCCCUGAAGAAGAGACUCCAGCUGAUGCUCAGUCUCCAUCAUCUGAGGAAGACCGUGAAGAAGAGACUCCAGCUGAAGUUGAGCCUCCAGCAGCCGAGGAGGCCCCUGAAGAAGAGACCACAGCUGAAGUUGAACCUCAAGAAGCUGCAGAGGCACUAGCUGAAGUUCCAUCUCCACGAGCUGAAGAAACACCAGCUGAGGAAUUUCCUCCUGAAGAAGCCCCAGAUGAAGUUCAACCUUUCCCAGCUGAGGAAGAAGAGGCCUCAGCUGAAGUUCAGUCUCUACCACCUGAAGGGGUUCUUGGAGAGGCCCUAGUUGAAGUUCAUCUUUCAGCAAUUGAAGAGACCCCUGAUGAACUUCAAACACCAGUAGCUGAGGAGGAACCAACUGAAGUUCAGUCUUCACCAGAUGAAGAGACACCCGCUGAAGAAGCCCCUAUUAAACUUCACCCUCUGGCAUCUGAGGAGGCCCCAACUGAAGAGCAGCCUCCAGAAAGUGAAGGAAUUACUGCAGAAAAGGACCCUAUUGAUGAACAGCCUCCAUCAUCUGAAGAGACCAAUAUUACACAAGUACCUAUAACAGAUCCUGAAGUUCAGCCUCCACCAUUUGAACAAAGCCCUGUGGAUGAGACUAUGGUAGAUAAUGAUUCUACUGAAUUAAAGGCUCUCCAGACCAUGGAUGUCCCAGUGAUAAAGUUAGAGCCAUUGUCUUUGGAACCUGAGAAAAAAUCUGAAGAGACUGUAGAACCAGAUCUUCCUCCUGAAGACUCAUCCAAUAUCCAGAAAGAUCAGCCUUCUAUUAUUGAAAUAGAGGGUGUAAUUGAAAUAGAACUACAAUAAGGGCCUUCUCCUCAGUUGUAAUCAGGUCUCAACUAAGCUAGCAGUCACAAGCUAGGGAGUUCUGGAAGUACAUACUUUAGAAAAGGGCUGUAGGUACUUGGAAGUAGUUUUGUGAAUAGGGAAAUGAAAGGAAACCCCAAGGGGUGGAUUGCACGCCUUAUUGGAAAAUCAACAAUAAAAACUAGUGGUUUAAAAUUACUUGUUAUUUU